GACUCACUAUCGGGUCGGGCAGCCCGGGCACCUGUACUUGGCGCUACUCUCAUGACACACCUGACACUUCAGAUCCUUUGCCGUCUUUCCAGGCAUUCGAAUGUGCCCUGAGCUGCUACCUCGGACGCUCCCAUGAGACUGGCAAAGUACAGACAGAUGGGAGGUGCUUGACAGACCGGGAUGGUCACCAGGCUUUUCGAAAUUUUGCUUCCGUCGUCUGUGUCGAGAACUUGUGAUGCGUCUUAGUAAUACUGUACCAUGACUUGGUCACCGCAAUGAGCUAUCAGAAUGGCUAUAACGGGUACAGUGGGCCUGUCUUCAAUGGCGGAGCAGGGUUUGGAAUGCAGAACAUGGGCAUGAACAUGGGAUACGGAGGGGGAGUAGGGGGAGGUGGUGGUGGUGGUGGUGGUGGUGGCAGAGGGUACGGUGGACGAGGAGGGAGAGGCAGAGGGUACGGAGGCGGGGGCGGAGGACGCGACGGACGUGACGGAAGGGACAGGAGAGACCAUCGAGAUAGAGAUAGAGACGGGAGAGGACCUCCUCCAGAGAGUUCUUAUAACCGGAUGAAGAAGAUGAUCAUUCGGUUCGCAGAGGAAGAGGACUUUCAUCCGAUCGAGGAUCCUCCCCGUCUGGCAAGAGCACUCAAACGUCAAUGGCGGGAAGGUUCAAAGGGAGUCUUUGAAGGGUUCAGAGUCGGGGUGUCACAAGAACCCCACAAGCAUCCUCAUUUCGUUUCAUUGCUCACCCAUCUCUCGUUCAUCGAUAAUCGUACUGAUGGCAAUGACGAGGAUCAUCACACCGGAGAGAAGCGCAAAGCCGAGAGCGGCGAACCAGAAUAUGGCAGGGAGGUUCUCGAGGAUUUAUCUCAAGCUUUCCGAACCUGGGUCGAAGGGCGAGAAUGGCUAAGCAUGAGAUGUUGCAUCCAAUUCUUCUCUCUGCUUGUUCCUGCUCGCCUGGUGUCACCUUCCACCCUGCUCGAAGUCUACCGUUCUCUGCUGACGGUUCUGGAUGAAUUUGGCGGUGGUGGAAAUCGUGCAGAGCGUGUCAUUCGCGCGCUCGGCGAGGGUCUCAUGAGGUCUGCCAAAGCCCUCAAUGAGGAUCACACGGCAGAGUUAGAAACCAUCAUGGGCCAACUUGAACACGCCAUCAACUCGAGGAGCGUGAAUACUGAUCUGAUAGAUCCCAUCGCGCCUAUACUAGCGGAGGGAGAAGAGAAAGAGACGUUCCGAGAUACACUUGGCGAGCUCGCUACCGUCCUUGAGGAUCUACGGAGUAGAGCUUACGAACCCCCGGAUUGCCUACCUCGAUACUGGGAGGAGAUUCAGCUACCUGAAGGCUGUAGUCGAUCACCUCUGUUCGAUCUUGCAGCUGCAAGCAUCCCUCCAGAGAUGUACGAAGCAGGCGAGCCAAGCAUGGAGGAUGGAGAGGGGCGCACAGGCGGUUUGGUCUUGUUCGCGGAAGACGUCGUUCAUCCCUCUACGACGUUGGACGGAUGGACUCUCCGAAGCUUGAUAUUGGAUAUCGUGACCCUCUUCGAAGUCAACCGGAAAGAAUGCGCGAGGAUUCUGCUUUCCCUCCGUCAAUUCGUCACCCGUCAAACAUUCAAACCACUCAACCCGCCUUCAGAAGCCGAUCAAUCGUUUUCGACAAGGUCCCUCGAAUCGCUCAUCGUCCAAACUAUCUUACAGACCAUGACGGCCUUGCCCGAAUCACCUUUCCCUCUCCUAUACUAUGGCAGUGUUUUGACAGAACUGUGCAAACUCAGCCCAAACACCGUAGCGCCACCAGUUGGGAGAGCUGUCCGACGUGUCUUCUCUCUACUAGGAGCGGAAGGCCUUGAAGUUGAAGUAGCUAGGCGGAUCUCCGAAUGGUUCGCAACGCAUCUCAGCAACUUCGGAUUUCAGUGGAUGUGGAAGGAAUGGAUUCCCGAACUGGAACUGCCCGCUGCUCACCCGAGACGAGCCUUUAUGCGGCGUGUCGUGGAACUCGAAGUACGCUUAGCAUACCACGACCGUAUAUUGCAGACUCUGCCUGAGCCCAUGACGGUCGAAGGUGCUGGCGUCAUCUCUCACGAUCCACCUGACCCCGUGUGGCAAUAUGAGCAGCCUGAAAACCCCAUGCACUCGGAAGCCUCCACCUUGCUGGAAAUGUACCGUCAAAAAGCAUCUCCUCAGGAUGUACGCGAUCACCUAGGCUCAAUCACUUCUGCAUCUCCUGAAUCGAUCCGAAUCAUGGCUGCUGAAACACUUCUCCAUCUCGGCUCACGAUCUUUCUCCCAUUUCUUGAACGCCACGGAACGGUAUCUGGAUACGCUGCGGUAUUUGACACCCGAUCAAUCGGCACGUCGGACAUUGCUGGAAGCCGUUGCAUCAUUUUGGAGACGAUCGAGUCAGAUGCGUCUAAUCACUGUCGAUAAGUAUCUCCAGUAUGGUAUUCUCGAGGGCCUCGACGUAGUGGAAUGGGUAUUUUCAAGAGAGGCAGGCGGCGGCGGCGGAGAGAGUGGAGAGGGAGGUGACGGCUGGACAGACGGAGAAAAGUGGGAGAUACUACGAAUGUGCUUGGAGAAACAUGUUGGCCGCGUCAUGGCUAUCAAACGCAGAGUGAGGAUGGUAGACAAGGAGGACGAGGCGGCAAGAGCGAAGAGAGCGGCAGAAAAGCUGGAUAGGGGCGAAGGUGUGGGUGAAAAUGAGGAUGUCGAGCCGGAAGCCAAGUUGGAACGAUCAAAAGAAGCUCGAGAUGCGCAGACAUCGCUUGAUAUCCAAUCUGACAGGCUGGAGAAGGUCCUAUUGGCUGUCAUGCGACACUUCGUAUCCGAUCUUUUACCCUGGACAUCGAGUUCCGAGGGUGGCCAAGGGCUGAAAGGAGUCUUGAUGCUGUUGGAGGGAGGUGAAUCUGGCUGGUGGGGCGUGCGAAGCAGAUGGGGUUGGUAUAGAGAGUUUGUGCGGAGAUACGAAACCCAUCUUCUCCCGCUCUCCCCUGCAAUCAACGAGAAAAUUUUUGGCCACCUCGACGGAGGCAAUGAUGCGAUCGAAAAGCGAGCUGAAGAAAUGGUUCGAGACAUCUGGACAACCAUUUCCGGUCUCUCGUCCAACUCUGAGCAGAUCUAGAACUGCCAAGUGUCCGCGUAUGCAUCCAGCACGAUGUAAUGUCUAUUUUUCCCAGAACGGGGUAUCUGCCCCUCCCCAGUAUCCGUUCCCAGGCAUUGACGUGUCCUGGAGA